AUGGACGACGAAGCCGUAGAAUACGAAAAGAGGCAUGUGCAUGAGGUGUACCAAGACAUUGCAGGUCAUUUCUCCUCCACUCGAUACAAGCCAUGGCCCGUGGUCGACAAGUUCCUACGCAAUCUGCCCGCCGGGUCAAUAGGUCUGGACGUCGGGUGUGGAAACGGAAAGUACUUGGCCGUCAACAAGGAUGUCUUUAUUAUUGCUUCGGAUAGGUCCAACGCCCUUACGGAGAUUGCCCGCCAACACCAGCCGCAUAGCGCCAUUGUCGCAGACAUACUUAGCCUUCCUCAUCCCGGUGAUUUGUUUGAUUUUGCUCUCUCCAUUGCCGUUAUACACCACCUGUCGUCCGGCGCGCGAAGAGUUCAGGCCAUCAGAGAAAUCUUGCAGACCCUUAAGCCACCCUCCAAAUCAAACCGGGUGAAUGGAGAAAGAUGGGGGGGAGGAGGGGGCCAGGCAUUGAUAUUCGUAUGGGCACUGGAGCAGAAAGACAGUCGACGAGGUUGGGAUCGCGGUCACGAGCAGGAUGUGCUUGUGCCGUGGGUUCUCAAGUCCGAUGUCAGAUCCAAAUCCAACUCCGAGGCUCCAGUCUCCAGUCCGCCGAUCUCGACAACCUACCACCGAUACUAUCAUUUGUAUCGGGAAGGCGAGCUCCAAGAAGACGCCAUGGCUGCUGGUGCCAGGAUAGUCGAGUCGGGCUAUGAUCGAGAUAAUUGGUGGGUCAUACUCGCUCGACAAGCCUGA